GUCCAUGUCUCCAUGCAAGGAAAGGAAGCCUUCUUUCCUGAAAACAUGUCAUUAAAAGAAGUCAUCAAGCUUUUGAAACAACAGAAAUCAACAAUAAGGACAACACCAGAGAAUGCAAGGAUGCCAGCCGACAUCACACAAGAUGUAUUAUUGACCACAGGACAAGAAAACAGUGAAAAUGAAUGUAAUACGUCUUGGAAUUUUACUGAAGGAAAUGUUGGUGAUAGCUGUAUUGGAAAUGAGAUCAACUCCCUUCUUAUCAUCCAGAGAGAGCAGUAUCCUGAGCAUGAAGAGGGACAUGGUUUUUCUCAGUUCCCUCAAGGUGCCACAAGAGCAAGUCAAGGCAACUCCAGCCAUCAUGAAGAGUUCCUGAGUACUCCUACUACUACAGAAGUCCCCACGGAGUUGCAUCCAAUGGAUUUCUCCAGAAGAAACAUCUCUGAAGACAAGAAAGAUUGUUAUAACACUUCCACAAAUGCUACCCAAUUCUAUAGUGGUGAUAAUAUUCCCAGGAAAAAGAUGGACUCCCUUUACAUUAACCAGAGAAUGCAUCAUCCUGAGCCUGAGAUGGCAGAUGUUUCUUAUAGGGUUCUUCAGGAUUCUACAAGAGAAACUCAAGGAACAUCCACAUGCCAGCAAGAGUCACUUGAGGAACCAUUUUCUGAAGAAGACCCUAAGGAGGUACCAGGGUUUCUCUCCAGGCCAGAGCAGCCUACCUCUGAGCCUGUCCUUCUUUGUCAGAAUCAUGAGGCAAACUCACCAUGUGAAAGUCAUCAAAAGAAACUUGAUAGAGAUCGCAAACCACACAAGUGUGAAAAAUGCCCUAGGACCUUCAAAUAUGCCUGUCACCUUGCAUCCCACCAGAGAACUCACCUGAAAAAUCAUCCAUUUGUCUGUGCCACCUGUCAGGAAAUAUUCAAACAACGCUCUGACCUCAAAUCUCAUGAGAUCAUACACAAGACAAAGAAGCCUUUCAAAUGCAGCACAUGUAAAAGGCCCUUCAGAUACAAAACCAACCUGAACACUCAUGAGAGGAUUCACACAGGAGAAAAUCCUUAUGCCUGUCCCCAAUGUAGCAAGCGUUUCCGCCAAUCAUCCACAUACCACCAUCACCUGAGGACUAUUCACAAAUCUGACUGA